AAUUUGUUUCGUAAUAAUCGCAAAUUUUUUAACACUCAUUUUUAUAAUUAUACUUUCUUAGUUUUUCAAAUUGUACCAUUUUCCUUUUUAGAAGUUGCAUAUUAUUUGUACCAUUUUUCACUGUGGAAAAUUGCAUAUUAAUUACACCAUUUCCUUAUGACGGACAAACGGAGUAUUUUAUUUAUUUAUUUAUUUUUCACUUUUUGGUCGUGUUAACACACGAAAUUCCCUACUUACCCUUGUUCACCUGUUAUAACAACCACUCUUGCAGUUUUAUCCCACCAUUUCUAUCUCCCAUUUGUCUUUUUUUUUUUUACUUAAACGCUUUUAACAUACUCCAUCUUUUACGCUUUUACUUAAAUUCUACACAAAACCUAAGUAGUAUUUUUUUUUUUAAAAAAAAAAGUCAAAAAGUAUAUAUAAUAACAUACUACUUUUAUUACCUAUACAUACCGCCUAAAAGUUACACGUAACAUAACGGAUGUACUCGUCUACUCGGAGCGAUCCAGACUUCCAGAGUCCCAAAGCCCAAACCCCAGCCCCUAUGAACUACUCCUUAGUCAAUGCUCAGUCAGUACUCCAGUUACAACAAACACAGGAAGGGAUGCUCAAAAUUCGCAGCAACUUCAAUGGCUACCAAGCUCUCAACUUCAUCCAUGGAUUCCGUCAUCUUCUACUCUACUCAACUUCAACAUCAUCUUCAUCUUCAAUCUCAACAGAAGUCAACUCUGAUUUCGCCAUUUACUUGGUUGAUUUUCUAGGGUUUUCCAAGCAACAAGCUCUUUCCACUUCCACUAAGCUCGCUAAAUUUCGCUUACGUCAAGGUAGGAAAAAGAUGUUGGUUACUGUAAUCUGUGAUGUUGGGCUUUUCGUGCCUAUUUUUCCGUAUUGGAAUGAGGAAUCACUGUCCUAUUUCUGUUAGAAAGAGUAAGCCUUUGCUGGUUUUCCAUAGCAGUUUUAAAAGGCUCAAUUAUGUUAUGUAUACUAAGUUUGUUUUUACUAGAAUAAGCUAAAUCAUAGUCAAGUGAGAAUUCAAAGCCUUAUCUGGAUUUAUUGAGGAGGAAAUAUUGGUGCGUUUGUGAAUUGCUCCUGUUAAAAGCUUCAAUUGUGAAUUGCUCCUUUUAGCUUAUGAUUAUAAAUUGGCAAAUUGAACCUGAUUUUAUGUCUCUUCGUAUUUGAGACCCUAUUCCAACCUAAGCUAGAUAUCUAUGAAUUGCUACUUGCAGGCUGUGUUGUUCUAAACUUCUAAUGUACUGUUAUAUCUGCCCUUUUACCAUCUGUAUUUUAAUAUUUUUUAGCUGAAGAUUUUAUUGCAUUUGGAUUUCAAUUUACUAUUAUCAAGAACUUGAAGAUUUUGUUUGAGUCCUUAAGGCCUGGUGCUGAAUUGCUGAUACAGUCAAGCUGGAUUUCCCUGACUUAGUUAGCUUUCUCUUUUUAAGCUUUAUUGUUAUUGUCAUAGCAGAUACUGCUUAGUGUUUUUGUGACUGUUGCUUCUUCUACACUUGCGGUUUGUGAUGCUGUAUAUUACUCCUUUAAUAAAGUUAGAUUUCUCUUUAAUCUCUUGUAUUCAGAUUAAACUGAUACAUAUGAUCAGUUAUGAUCCAAAUUUUGUCAGGGGUCAGACUGUGGAAGUAUAUCAUAAUAUGGAAGAAGAUUUUUGAGAAGGCUGCUAAGGAUUGCAUGAUUUGAGUCAUGGUAAUUGAUUCCUUGAUUAAAGAUACUUCAAUGGUGCAACAAUGCAAUUCGUAGCAACGCCUUAAGAGGCAAGAUAAUUGUUUUAGAUAUGAUGAUGGAGACCAAUAGUGAGGAGAGGACAACAUUUCCGUUUUUGUUGGAGAUGGAGAUGACAGUUAGUAUAUCAUUCCUCAUGGAGAUGAUGAAUCAUACCAUUGUAAGGAGUGAACUGUAUAGAAGAGGAAAUUGUCUCUUAUUAGCCUUGUUUUGAACUUUAUAGAAUGUCUUAUUAGUCUUGUUCUGUAAUGUAAAUGGUUUUAACUAUUUAAGUGUAAUUAACAUCUAUAUUAAUGCAAUCUCAUCUGACCCAAGUGA